AACUUUUCCAUUUCAGGCUUUCCAGUUCCAUAGGAUUAGGGGCAAAGCCAAAAGCUUUAGCCUAGAUACAAAGAAAACACUAACAUAGAAUAAUAGACUACGAACACAAUCGAGCUUCAUCUUAGCAAGCAAUGGAUUCUGAAGCCGUGGCUUCUUCAUUGAGCAUUGGCAUCAAACACCAUCUCUCUCUCCAAUCUAAUAAUGCAUCCUCCUCCUCUAGUCCGAGGGCCCCAACUAAGCAAUCCUUUUUCAUUGGUGUUGCUGGAGGAACUGCAUCUGGAAAAACUACAGUGUGCAAUUUGAUCAUCUCCCAACUCCGUGAUCAGCGUGUUGUUUUAGUAAAUCAAGAUUCAUUUUAUCACUCCUUGAAUGAGGAGAAGUUGAAGUCGGUGCAUGAAUACAACUUUGACCAUCCUGAGUCCUUUGAUACGGAGUUGUUGCUUUCUUGUAUGGAGAAAUUAAAGCUUGGACAGGCAGUUAGCAUCCCAAAUUAUGAUUUUAAGACCCAUCAAAGCAUAGAACCCGCUCGCCAGGUUAACCCCUCAGACAUUAUCAUUUUAGAAGGAAUACUUGUUCUCCAUGAUCCUCGUGUCCGUGAUCUCAUGAACAUGAAAAUCUUCGUCGACACAGACUCUGAUGUACGGCUCUCUAGGAGAAUUCAACGUGAUACUGUAGAAAGAGGCAGAAAUAUACAGAAUGUGCUUGAACAAUAUACCAAAUUCGUGAAGCCUAGUUUUGAUGAAUUCAUAUUGCCCUCGAAAAAGUAUGCAGAUAUAAUCAUUCCUCGAGGUGGAGAUAAUGAUGUUGCAAUUGACUUGAUAGUACAACAUAUUCAUACAAAGCUUGGCCAACAUGAUCUGUGUAAAAUAUAUCCAAAUCUUUUCCUUAUCUUUUCCACAUUUCAGAUACGAGGAAUGCAUACAUUAAUCCGUGAUGCCCAAACAACAAAGCAUGACUUUGUCUUUUACUCAGACCGACUUAUUCGAUUGGUUGUGGAGCAUGGGCUAGGUCAUCUUCCCUUCCAAGAACAACAGAUUAUUACCCCAACAGGAUCUAUAUACAGUGGAGUUGUUUUCUGUAAAAGGUUGUGCGGUGUUUCUGUUAUUAGAAGUGGAGAAAGCAUGGAGAAUGCACUCAGAGCAUGUUGUAAGGGAAUAAAAAUCGGAAAAAUCCUCAUCCACGGAGAGGGUAACAGUGGUCGACAGGUUUGUGUAAUAAUAUCAUUCUUUCACAUCCUUCUCUUUGUCUGUCUAAUGUCCUUGCAAUGUAUGUUGCUGCAGUUAAUCUAUGAGAAGCUACCGAAAGACAUCUCAAGCCGCCAUGUCUUAUUCCUCGAUCCUGUUCUGUCUUCAGGAAACUCUGCCAUCAAAGCUAUAUCUCUGCUACUCAGUAAGGGCGUACCAGAAUCCAACAUCAUCUUCCUUAAUCUUAUAGCAGCACCGGAGGGAAUACAUGCUGUUUUGAAGAGAUUUCCAAUGCUAAAACUUGUUACAUCAGAGAUUGACUUAUCUUUGAAUGAAGAUUUGCGUGUCAUCCCAGGAAUGGGAGAGUUUGGAGAUCGUUAUUUUGGUACAGAUAGUAAUGAGACCGGUUCUGGUUCAAGUUCGAGUUCAAGCUCAAAGACACCUAAAUAAAUGUUCCUUCAAGUUCAUUCCGAUCCAGUGUCUCAGAUUUUGUAAUAGCUAAGAUUUUGUUUAACCAAAUAUUUAUUCUAGCUACCCAUGUGAGAGAAAUUGUAUCAAUCUUACAUAAUACUGUGGUAUAGAUA